UGCCGGGGCUGCACCCGGCGCUGUUCACACCGCCCCCUCCUCUCGCCGCUCUCCGGUACCGGUGGGCCGCGGUGCGCACGCAGCGGAGCCUGCCUCCAACAUGGUGCUGGAGUCGGUGGUGGCGGAUCUGCUGAACCGCUUCCUGGGCGACUAUGUGGAGAACCUGAACAAGUCUCAGCUCAAGCUGGGCAUAUGGGGGGGUAAUGUGGCACUUGACAAUUUACAGAUAAAGGAGAAUGCACUAAGUGAACUGGAUAUACCUUUUAGAAUAAAAGUUGGUCAGAUAGAUAAACUUACUCUGAAGAUUCCUUGGAAAAAUCUCUAUGGUGAGGCGGUUGUUGCAACUCUGGAAGGCUUGUAUCUUCUAAUAGUUCCUGGAGCAAGCAUUAAAUAUGAUGCAGAGAAGGAAGAAAAAUACUUACAGGAUAAUAAACAAAAGGAACUGGCAAGGAUUGAGGAAGCCUUGCUGAAAGCAGCAGAGAAAGGCACUCAUUCACAAGAUUCCUUGUAUGGGUUGGAGAGUCUGAUUUACAAGGACACCAAGCCUGGACGUAAGCGUAAAAAGUAUAAAAAGCAUUUUAAGAGACCCUUUAAAGGUCGUGAUCACUCAAAAGACAAGCCGAAGGUGGAGAAGAAAGAUACUUUCUUAGAAAAGCUUGCAACUCAAGUUAUCAAAAAUGUGCAAGUCAAAAUCACAGGCAUUCAUGUGAAAUACGAAGAUGAUAUCACGGAUCCACAGUGUCCAAUUUCCUUGGGAAUGACAUUGAGCGAGCUUAGUUUACUGACAACAAAUGAGAACUGGACACCUUCUAUUCUGAAUGAAGCUGCAAAAAUAAUAUACAAGCUUUUGUGCCUGGACAGCCUCAGUGCUUACUGGAACAUACACAGCAGAAUUUAUUAUCAUGGCUCCCGUGAAGAAAUACUGGAUCAGCUGAAAAGAGGAAUUCCAUGUAGUGGUAACCAGCCUCAAGACUACCAGUAUAUUUUUAGACCAAUAUCAGCCUCUGCUAGACUGUAUAUCAACCCCUAUGCAGAAGUAGAACUGAAAACUCCAAAGCUUGAUUGUAAUGUAGAAGUACAGAGAAUUGUCAUUGAAUUCACAAAGCCACAGUAUCUCAGCAUGAUAGACCUUCUGGAGUCCAUAGAUUACAUGGUUCGCAAUGCACCCUACAGAAGAUUUAGACCGAAUGUAUGUCUACAUAAAAAUGCCAGAGAAUGGUGGAAAUACGCAGGCAACAGUGUUCUUGAAGUUCACAUCAGAAGACAUACUAGAAUGUGGUCAUGGAGUAACAUAAAACAGCAUAGGCAGCUUCUGAAGAGUUACAAAAAUAUGUACAAGAACAAGCUGACACAGAGUAAACUGUCAGAAGAAACACAGAGGCAAAUUCAGGACUUAGAAAGGAAGCUUGAUGUUUUCAAUAUAAUCUUAGGAAGACAACAAGCACAAGUUGAGACAAUAAGAUCAGGACAAAAACUGCUGAAGAAGAAAACCACUGAAGCAGAAAAAAAAGGUGGAGGAUGGUUUAGUGGUUUCUGGAGUAAAAAAGAAUCUAGGAAAAAGGAAGAUGAAGAAUCACCUGUUCCUGAAACUAUUGAUGAACUAAUGACACCAGAAGAGAAAGCAAAGCUUUUCACUGCCAUUGGAUAUAGUGACAGCUCCUAUCACCUUUCCUUACCAAAGCAGUAUGUUGCCCAUGUUGUGACACUGAAGCUGCUAAGCACUUCUCUUACAAUUAAAGAAGACAAGAAUGUGGCAGAAACUCUGAAAGUCCAGAUAAUUGAUCUGAGUACCAAAAUAUCACAGCGCCCAGGAGCACAAGCCAUUAAGGUUGAAGCAAAGCUGGAAAACUGGUAUGUUACAGGCCUGAGACAAGAAAACAUUGUACCAUCUCUUGUGGCUUCCAUAGGGGAUAGCAAGUCUUCUUUGCUUAAGAUAGAGUUUGAUGUUAACCCUGAAGAUAGUACUGCUGACCAGAGGCUUACUAUUGAAUCACAAGCUGUGGAAAUAAAAUAUGAUGCAAAAACAAUAAAUGCAAUGGUAGAAUUCUUUCAGACAAGUAAGGGAAUGGAUCUUGAAAGAUUAACAUCAGCCACAUUAAUGAAACUGGAAGAAAUAAAGGAGAGAACUGCUACAGGAUUAGUUCAUAUUAUUGAAAUGCGGAAAGUCCUUGAAUUGAAGAUUAAUCUGAAACCUUCCUACCUUGUGGUUCCACAGACGGGUUUCUACUAUGAAAAAUCAGAUUUGCUGAUUUUGGACUUUGGUACAUUUCAGCUAAACAGCAUAAAUCAAGGCAGUAGCCAAGCUUCUACCUUUUCAUCUUUAGAGGAGAUUAUGGACAAAGCUUAUGACAAGUUUGAUGUGGAAAUCAAAAAUGUGCAACUUCUUUUUGGAAGAACAGGUGAAGACUGGAAGAAGGCUCGUUUUCAACAUCCAUCAACUUUGCACAUAUUACAGCCUAUGGAUAUCCAUGUACAGUUGGCAAAAUCAAUGGUGGAAAGAGAUACCAGGAUGGCAAGGUUUAAAGUAUCAGGAGGACUUCCUUUGGUGCAUGUCAGACUCUCUGACCAGAAAAUCAAGGCAGUUUUUGAUCUGAUUGAUAGCAUUCCAUUGCCUCAGAAAUCAUCUGUGUCAAUUCCAAGCACAAAAGUACCGGCUAUUCCCACAAUUUCUGUUGGUAAAGGCUUACUUCAUACACCCCAGUUGUUAGCAGAAAUGGUGUCAGACUCUGAAGAAGAAUAUUUUGAUUUUGAGGAAAGUUCUGAACCAACUGACAAGUCACUAAGUAAAGGAGAAGAGAUAAAAAAUGAGGAGACUGCUAAAGAGGAACUGAUAGAUCUUCAGCUGAAGUUUGAAAUUAAAGAGGUUUUAGUAGAACUCACUAGGCAGAAGAAAACUGAGGAAACAGUACUUGUAUUUGAUGUAAUGCACCUUGGGACAGAAGCUACUGUCAGAACCUAUAAUUUAGCAGCUGUAUCAUAUUUAAAGAAAAUAAGCUUGGAUUACUAUGAAAUUGGAGGUAAAAAAGCACCCAUUCAUCUAAUUAGCUCCUCAGAUAAAGCUGGCUUAGACCUCCUGAAGGUUGAAUAUAUCAAGGCUGACAGAAAUGGGCCACACUUUCAGACUACUUUUGACAACACUGAACAGAUGAUUCGAGUAGCUUUUUCAUCAUUGAACCUUCUACUGCAUACAGAAGCCCUUAUGUCUGCUGUCAGUUUUCUAACAGCUGUUAGUCCAUCAGGCAGUGGAAGCACUGGAGACACACCAACUAAAGACAAAAAGCAAGAAGAUGACACAAUAUUGAAGAAAGUGGCUAGACCUUCCAAGGAUAAAGAUGUCUUCGAUUUCAAGCUUUUUGCCAAGCUAGAUGCAUUCUAUUUAAAUAUUUGUGAUGAAAAAAAGAACAUUGCAGAAAUCAAGAUACAAGGUCUUGAUUCGUCUCUUCUCCUUCAGUCAAGUCACACUGUAUUCUUUGCCCGACUAAAGGACAUAAUUGUUACAGAUGUUGAUUCAAGGACUCUUCAUAAAAAAGCUGUGUCGAUAGUAGGAGAUGAAGUUUUCAGUUUCAAUCUGACAUUAGAUCCAUAUGCCACAGAGGGAGAAGCUUACACUGACAUGUCAAAAGUGGAUGGUACCGUAUCUUUGAAAGUGGGCUGUAUUCAGAUAGUGUUCCUUCACAAAUUUCUCAUGUCUCUUUUGACCUUCUUGAACAACUUUCAGACAGCUAAGGAGGCACUGAGUGCUGCUACAGUCCAAGCUGCAGAGAAGGCUGCUACAAGUGUAAAAGACUUGGCUCAAAGGAGUUUUCGACUUGCAAUGGACAUUCACUUGAAAGCACCAGUUAUUGUCAUUCCUCAGUCCUCAGUUUCCCCCAAUGCUAUAGUAGUAGAUCUUGGCUUGAUUAAAGUUCAGAAUCAGUUUAGCUUGGUGUCUCCAGCAGGCAGUUCACUCCCUCCAGUCAUUGACAAAAUGGAUGUGCAGCUGACACAGCUGAAGCUGUCUAGGACUACUAUGGAGACAGGUUUAUUGCAUCCAGACAUUGAGAUACUUCACCCUAUUAAUUUAAGCCUGUCUGUGAAACGAAAUCUAUCUGCAGCUUGGUUUCAUGAAUUACCAGUAUUGGAGGUCACGGGGUAUCUGGAUACAAUGAAUGUUGUAUUGAGUCAAGAGGAUUUGAAUGUCUUUCUCAAAGUGUUGACCGAAAACCUUGGUGAAGCAGAAGAAAAACUAACUCCUGCAAAAUCAGUACUGCAAAGGGAAGGUAAAACCAGAGAAGUGGAGAAAUCUGUUUUGACACAGGAUAAGAGUGUUCUAGAAGGAAUGCUGCCUGAAAAGACAAAAAGAACAUUAAAUGAAGAUGUAGUCAAUAUGCUACUUAAUUUUGAAAUCAAAGAGGUUGCAAUAACCUUGAUGAAGCAGGUUCAGAAAGAGAGACAUCCGUUACAUAUUCUGACUGUGCUGCAGCUUGGAACUGAAACCAAAAUUAGAAAUCAUGAGUUGACAGCAGCAGCAUAUCUGAAAAAAAUUAUGAUGAGAUGUAUUGAAAUCAAUGACUCAAAAGGAGAUCCCCUUUGCAUUAUUAAUUCUUCAAGUGAGACAGAUGAACAUCUUCUGAAGAUGGAAUACAUUAAGGCAGAUGCUGAUGGACCAGAUUUUGUUACUGCUUACGGAAGCACCAAGCAAAACAUCAAUGUCAUCUUUUCAUGUUUGGAUAUAGUACUCCACACAGAGGCUUUGCUUUCCAUCAUGAGUUUUCUCACGUUCAGUAUUCCAUCAGGUGGUCUUCCCAGUACUGAUAAAGUAUCAUACCACAAGCCUCAAAUAAAAGAACAAGAAAAAGGAAGUACAGUUAAACCAGUGUCUGGUAAUGCAGCCCAUGAUGAUAUCUGUGAACUAAAACUCACUGCAAAGCUAAAUGCAUUCAGUAUUACAGUGUGUGAUCAGACCUGUAGCCUUGCAGACAUUAGAAUACAAGGAAUGGAUGCAUCUGUAGUAAUGAAACCUAAAAAGAUUAAGGUGUUUUCCAGACUUGAGGACAUUGUAAUUACAAACGUUGAUCCAAAAACAGUCCAUAAAAAGGCUGUCUCCAUAAUGGGAGAUGAAGUGUUUAGAUUUCACAUAUCACUUUAUCCAGAUGCUACUGCUGGGGAAGCCUACAGUGAUAUGUCAAGGGUGGAUGGUAAAAUGUCUCUGAAAGUGGGCUGCAUCCAAGUAAUUUACCUACAUAAAUUCUUUAUGUCUCUCUUGGACUUCCUAAACAAUUUCCAAACGGCACAAGAAGCCCUGACGGCAGUCACUGUCCAGGCGGCAGAAAUGGCUGCUUCCAGCAUGAAAGACUUUGCUAAAAAGAGCUUCCGCCUCUUAAUGGAUGUCAACCUGAAAGCGCCAGUUAUAGUUGUUCCCGAAUCCUCAACUUCAUCUAAUGCUUUGGUAGCUGAUCUUGGCUUAAUCAGAGUUCAGAAUGAAUUCAAGCUGGUGUCUUCAGAUGAAUCUUUGCUUCCUCCAGUCAUUGACAACAUGGACGUGCAGCUAACUCAUUUGAAAUUAUCAAGGUGCAUCAUAUCCACAGAGUCUCAACCAGAUUCUGAAAUUCUGCGUCCUGUGAGUUUGACUUUACUGGUCCAGAGAAAUUUAGCAGCAACUUGGUAUCAUGAAGCACCAACGAUUGGUAUUAAAGGAGACUUGAAGCCAAUGCAGAUUGCGCUUAGUGAAGAAGAUCUAACUGUUGUCAUGAAAAUUUUACUUGAAAACCUUGGAGGAGCUUCCUCCCAGCCAAAUACUGUGCAAGAAAACAUCGAAGAUACACAGAUACUUAAGAAAGGGAAAGUUCCAAAUGAAUCAGAUUUCUAUGAAGGUCCUCUUCUUGCAUCUGGAGAAAAAAGUGUUUCUGCAGUUCAGUCUUCUGUGGAAUGUUACACAACACUUACAUUUGACUUUAAUUUUGAGUCACUUUCAGUAACUCUCUACAACAGUGAUACGAAUCAGAAGUCUCUGCUUUCACUGCAUAGUGACAAAUUACGCCUUGGUGAACUUCGACUGCAUCUCAUGGCAUCAUCAGGAAAGAUGUUUUCAGAUGGGUCAAUGGAUAUUAAUGUUAAACUCAAGGCAUGUACCCUGGAUGAUCUCAGAGAAGGAAUUCAGAAUGUGACUGCAAGAAUGAUAGACAAGAAAGAUGACAUAAGUGACACAUCUAUGAUAGAUAUAAACUACAAGCAGGAUAAAAAUGGAACUGAAGUCGUUGCUGUCCUUGACAAGCUGUACAUAUGUGCCAGUAUGGAGUUUUUGUUGACAGUAGCAGAUUUUUUCAUUAACUCAAUGCCAGCAUCCUCAACUGAAAGAUCUGCACAGUUGCAAUUAAAGCAUGUUGCUCCUGGGAAAUCCAAGCCAGAAACAGAAAUAUCUACACGGCCAAAUAUGACAGUAAAAGCUGUGAUCCUAGAUCCAGAAAUUGUAUUUGUUGCUAAUUUGACCAAUGCUGAUGCCCCUGCCUUAAAAGUUUCCUUCCAAUGUGAUUUUUCUCUGACAUCUGGAAAGCUUGCACAAAGGAUGACUGCUCAAGUGAAGGGCUUCAAAGUGUUGGCCUGUGCUUUUCUCAAACCAAAACAAGACAAUAGUGUUACUACGGUGUUACGACCAUGUUCUUUGGUCAUGGAAAAUAUGAUGCAUGCCUCAGGGAUGCAAACUGUGGUAGUAACAAUAGAAGAACUUACUGUAAAGAUCUCACCAAUAAUUCUGAACACUGUAAUGACCAUUAUGGCUGCCAUAAAGCCCAAACCAACAGAGGAGGAUUCUAGAGGAGUGACUGAAGUUCCUGAGAACCUGUGGCAAGUGAAGCCUAUAGACGAGUGCAAUGCUUGGUUUCUUGGUGUUGAUAUAGCCACGGAAGCAACAGAAACUUUUACAGACCGUGAACAUAUUUUGAAACAGGAGAAAUUUGACAUUGUAGUGAAAUCUGUUCAGAUUACCUUGGAAUGUGGUCUGGGUCAUCGUACUGUCCCUUUAUUGUUAGUCGAAUCUGUGUUUUCAGGUGUCAUUAAAAACUGGUCCUCAAUGAUGGCAGUCACUGCCGAUAUGUCACUGGAGAUACAUUAUUACAAUGAAACCUAUGCAGUGUGGGAGCCGCUGAUUGAACAAAUUGAAGGGGGAAAGAAGCAAUGGAGUUUAAAGCUGGAAAUGAAGACUAACCCUGUCCAAGAGAGGAGUUUGAUGCCUGGAGAUGACUUCAUUGUUCUUCCUGAGCCACAAACUGCAGUUAACAUAGCUUCGAAGGAUACAAUGAAUAUAACAAUAUCCAAAUGUUGUCUUGCUGUGUUCAGUAAUUUAGCCAAGGCAUUUUCAGAAGGGACGGCAUCCACGUUUGACUAUUCCUUUAAAGACACAGCACCUUUUGUAGUGAAAAAUGCCCUCGGUGUUGCUCUCAAAGUGCUUCCUAGCUCAAGUAUACGGAUAAUUGGUUCAGCUGAAAAAGAAACUAUGAAUGAUAUCGAAAUUGGUCAGAACAUGGAACUGGAAUACUCUGGUUUUGAAGUGCCCCAACAAGGAAAGUUGUCUGCAUUGCACCGACAAGAAAGCUCCGUCUUCUCCUUGACUUUAGGACUUCACGGAUAUAAAGAAGGGGUAAACAUUCCCAUAGCCAAACCAGGUCGACGACUGUACAACGUCAGAAACCUUGUUAAUCAUUCAGACUCAAUCAUUGUACAGAUAGAUGCUACGGAAGGAAAUAAGGUUAUUACUGUACGAUCUCCUCUUCAGAUUAAGAACCAUUUCUCCAUCCCAUUUAUGAUCUAUAAAUUGGCUAGAGACUCCAAGUCACUGGAGCCAAUUGGCAUAUCCAAGCCAGAAGAGGAAUUUCAUGUUCCUUUACAUUCAUACAGGUGUCAUUUAUACAUUCGACCAGCAGGAAUGUUAGAGGGUCAGUUUAAAGAGUCCACGACUUACAUUGCCUGGAGGGAAGAGCUGCAUAGGAGCAAUGAAGUAAAGUGCUUGUUACAGUGCCCAGCCACCGAGACAAACUUCUUGCCUCUAAUCAUCAGCUCAACUGCUGUACCUGAUGAACUAAACUUCAUUUCAACUUACGGAGAGGAGUGGGAUCCUGCCUACAUUAUCCACCUUCACCCUACACUGACUGUGAGGAAUCUAUUACCUUACUCCUUGAGAUAUUUACUUGAGGGGACAGCAGAAGCUCGUGAAUUGAUGGAAGGGAGUGCUGCAGAUGUUUUUCAUUCCAGAAUUGAUGGAGAAAUAAUGGAGCUUGUGUUGAUGAAAUAUCAAGGACAAGACUGGAAUGGGCAUCUAAAAAUCCGCAGUGGGAUGCCUGAAUUUUUUUCUGUGUGUUUCACAUCCCAUUCUGCAACAGUGAUGACUGUAGAUAUUUACAUACACACAAGGAGAAUUGGAAGCCGUGUGAUCUUGUCUGUGUUCAGUCCUUACUGGAUAAUCAACAAGACUUCCCGUGUUCUCCAGUAUCGAGCUGAGGACACUCACGUGAAGCAUCCAGCAGACUACAGAGAUAUUGUUUUGUUCUCCUUUAAAAAGAAAAAUAUUUUCAGUAAAAAUAAGAUCCAGUUAUGUAUUUCAACUAGCACGUGGUCCAGUAGCUUUUCCCUUGAUACCGUAGGAAGCUAUGGAUGUGUCAGGUGUCCAGCUAAUAACAUGGACUAUCUGGUGGGGGUUAGCAUCAAGAUGAGUACUUUUAACCUUACCAGGAUUGUUACCUUCACUCCCUUCUACACAAUAGCAAACAAAUCUUCACUGGAACUAGAAGUUGGAGAAAUUGGUCCUAAUGGCUCUUUUCCAACUAAUAAAUGGAAUUAUAUCUCAGCUUCAGAGUGUCUUCCAUUUUGGCCUGAAAACUCAUCUGGUGAACUUUGUGUACGAGUAGUUGGCUAUGAAAGCACAUCCAGACCAUUCUUGUUUAAAGCCCAGGAUAAUGGUACUCUGCUGAGGCUGGAAGAAUUGAAUGGGGGCUUGCUGGUAGAUGUGAAUGUUUCUGAGCAUUCUACUCUCAUAAGCUUCUCGGAUUACCAUGAGGGAGCUGCUCCAGCUCUUAUUGUUAACCAUACUUCAUGGGACUCUCUCAGAUACAAACAGAGUGGAUUACAAGAGGAAAUGGAAUUGAAACCAAAGCAAGUAUGCCUGUUUGCAUGGACAGAUCCGACUAAAACAAGAAAACUGAUUUGGGGUUACUCCCAAAAUUUUGGUGAACAUGACCUGCUUAAGGAUGAAUGUGGCCAAUUCCCUUACAAUGCAAAUACUCAAGUACACUGGGUGUCCUUCCUGGAUGGACGUCAACGAGUGCUACUUUUCACAGAUGAUGUUGCAUUAGUUUCUAAAGCACGACAAGCAGAGGAGCUGGAGCAACCUGAUCAAGAAAUAAACUUGUCAAUCCAUAGUCUUGGACUUUCUCUUGUUAACAAUGAAAAUAAAAAAGAAAUCUCCUAUAUAGGAAUUACUAGUUCUGGUGUCGUUUGGGAACAGAAACAGAAGCAAAAGUGGAAACCAUUUAAUCAAAAGCAAAUAAAUCUGUUGGAACAAGCCUAUCAGAAGUAUCUUUGUAAGACUGCUUCCCAAGCUCCAGGUUGGCAUAAACUAGACGGCAAUGUUGAGGUGAAUUUUAGCAAGGUUCCAAUGGAAAUGCGUCUCCCAGUCAGAUGCAGCAUCCGACGCAACUUCUUGCCAGGAAUUAAGGUUGAAUUCAAGCAGUCGCCUCACCAAAGAAGCUUACGGGCGCAAUUGUAUUGGCUGCAGGUUGAUAACCAAUUACCAGGAUCGAUGUUUCCUGUUGUAUUUCACCCUGUAGCCCCUCCAAAGUCGAUUGCUUUGGAUUCAGAACCAAAACCCUUCAUUGACAUCAGUGUCAUCACUAGAUUCAAUGAAUACAGCAAAGUGCUACAGUUCAAGUACUUCAUGGUUCUCAUCCAGGAAAUGGCACUUAAAAUCGAUCAAGGAUUUUUAGGAGCGCUGAGUGAAUUUCUCACCCCAUCUACAGACCCAGAAGCUGAGAAACAACGGUCUAAGUUAAUUCAGCAAGAUGUGGAUGCUCUUAACACUGAACUAAUGGAGUCUUCCCUAACAGACCUGUCAAUGCUCAGCUUCUUUGAGCAUUUCCACAUUUCUCCAGUAAAGCUGCAUUUGAGUCUCUCUCUGUCUUCUGGUGGAGAAGAUUCAGAUAAAGGGGAAGAGAUGAUAGCCAUCCAUUCUCUGAAUUUGCUGUUGAAAAGUAUUGGAGCUACUCUAACAGAUGUGGAUGAUCUUAUUUUCAAACUUGCUUUCUUUGAAAUUAAGUAUCAGUUCUACAAGAGAGACCAGCUGAUGAAGAGGGUUGUUAGACAUUAUAGUGAACAAUUCCUGAAACAGAUGUAUGUUCUUGUACUUGGGUUAGAUGUUCUUGGAAAUCCAUUCGGCUUAAUCAGAGGCUUGUCUGAGGGAGUUGAAGCUUUCUUCUAUGAGCCAUUCCAGGGUGCAGUUCAAGGACCUGAAGAAUUUGCUGAAGGCUUUGUAAUUGGUGUUAGAAGUCUUCUUGGGCACACAGUGGGUGGUGCAGCAGGAGUGGUGUCUAGGAUCACGGGUUCUGUUGGAAAAGGUUUGGCUGCUAUUACUAUGGAUAAAGAGUUUCAGCAGAAACGAAGAGAGGAAAUGGGUCGGCAGCCGAAAGACUUUGGUGACAGCCUGGCAAAAGGAGGAAAAGGCUUGUUACGGGGUGUUGUUGGAGGUGUGACUGGCAUAAUCACGAAGCCUGUAGAAGGAGCUAAAAAAGAAGGUGCAGCUGGAUUCUUUAAAGGCAUUGGAAAGGGGCUUGUAGGGGUAGUAGCCCGCCCAACAGGAGGCAUUGUAGAUAUGGCAAGCAGUACCUUCCAGGGAAUUCAAAGGGUGGCAGAAUCAACUGAAGAAGUAUCCAACCUCCGUCCUCCACGUUUCAUUCGUGAAGAUGGCAUCAUCCGACCAUACGAUAGGGUGGAAGCUGAGGGUUAUGAUUUAUUUGAGCAAGAACUGGAAUAAUGGAGUAAACCUUUUCCAUAUUUCUUCCUUAUUUUUGUCACAGUCUUUUCUCUGCCUUAAGUAUUUAGAUUAAGGGCAUGAUUGCAUUUCACAUGUCCUUGCUACUUCAUUCCUAUCUUUUUUGUGUAGCAAUUGAAUAAAACAGUUUCAUGUUCUCCUGCCUAAGAAAAACAAAUAAACUUGAACUAACCAUCUUCAGUUAAAACUAGAUAUUUGUUUUUCUAAGGACUUGUAGCUCCUUAUGAAUGGCAGCAGCAAAAGGUACUUGGGGAAAAAACCAAACCAUGGUAGGGUAGAUGCUGUUCCUUCAUUUAUAAGUGUUCUCCUAGAGCUAGGGCUGUGGAAGAAGGGAGAAAGCAACAUUUUGAUACUUGGGUAAAACUUUAAAUAGUGAAAUUGAAUGACAUUAUAUUCUGUGAAAAUGCUUAUAAUUUCAUGAUAUAGAAAUACUGUUUCCAUCUAAAUGCUAAGAAAACUUGGAUUUGUAUUUUCUGAAUUAUGCCAUAGGCCUGCCAUUUAUACAUGUGAUGAUCCACUAUCACUUCAAGACUUCAAGCUGCUGUUACUACUUUGUUAUGAAAUUUUGUCAAUUAAAAGACACAGCCAGCUCAGUUGACUCUGGUUUCAUUCACCGAGUCUUCUGAGGCCUUCUUGUUCAACAUACUGAAAUGUAAAUUUUCAGCUGUUAACAUGAAUUUACAUAUAUAUAUAUAACAGAUAUAUAAAUAUCUGUUUCUAAAUUAAGUGCUGGCAUAAAUAUGAUUUCUAAUGCCCCAUCUUAUAAAUUCACAAGCUGUUCUCAGCAAAUUGGUUGCCUCUGAUACACAGAAAAGUAGUUGAGCAGAGACAUCUCUCUGCUAAAGCCUAAUGUGAAUACUUGGCUUAUAUAAUUUAAAAUUGCUUAAGAAAAUAAAUCAUUUAGUGAAUUUUGAUUUCAGUUGACUAGAUGAAAUGAAGUCAUUGUGACAUACUGAGCUGACCGAAAUUCUUCAUGUAAUGAGAUACUUCUGUUCUGUGCACUGUAUUUUUUGCAUCUGUCAAAAAGGAACAGUUAUCACAAGUAACACUGAGAAAUAGAUAUUAUGUAAUUCCUGCAUGUUUAAUACUUGUAUUUUUCUUAGAUCUGAAUGGUGUAGAUUGGAAUUGUAUGCUAACCAAUAAUGAAUCCUCUUUAUAUUUCACUGCAUACAGUUUCAUCUUUUCAAAAGUCAGUUAACUGAAUACAGGUUUGUUUGGUGGUGUUUGUUGUUUUUUUUUUUAAACCAACUAAUUUUGAUUAUUAUGCAAGAGGUUAGUGUUGGGAAGGUUUUGUUUUCUGAAAUAAAUUACAAGCCAGAGAGGGACAGUGUCUUUACAGGAAAUAGGAUAGUUAACAAGGAAGACAAAUCAGAAUUCAGUUUUAUAUAGAUUUACAAAGUUAUUCUCAAAUAACUCAACUUACAGGUACUAGUGGUGUUGAUUUUUUGGAUCCAGUUUUGGCCCAGUGUUAGGAGUAGCUUAACCAGAAUCUCCACCAUCUCAUCUCUUUCUUAACCGACUUCAAUGCAUAUGUCCCUUGAAAAUAUAUGCUUACAAGGGUGAAACCUUGUAAGGUUCCCUUAAGGAAUGGAUGGCUCAAUACUAUCAGGUGGUUGAACAAAAGAAAGUUUCACUUAAAUACUUGCUUGGAUGUGCAGUACAGACAUUGACAGACAUUGCAGCUCAUCUUAGGAGGAGCAUAUGCACAGGUUUUCAAACCCAAGUUGCUUAUUUCCACUCAGGUGUUUUGUGUGCAGGAUGAGGACAGUAGCCAGAUGGAGUAGGUCAAUGCACUUGCGUAAGCUUGUUUAUGCAGCGCAUUUUCCCAGAAGUGCUGGAUCUAAUAUAUAUGGGCUUAUACAUAGGGGUCUGUUCAGUCAAUUCAACAUCUGGAAAGUCAGGUCUUUCAGGCCCUGUCUCUAGCUCAUGCAGUUAGGCUUUGUAGUACAGAAUGUAUUUUAUGAUACAUAAAUGCAUAGUAAAUAUAGCUGGUGAAAUAAAGAACAUACAGGGCACCUUGAGGAGAACAGUUUUGCAGGGAAUAAGUUCUCAUGAGUCUUAAUCUUUGUAUGAGGAGUGAUGAGAUUUGCUAGAACUGUAAUGAAUGCCUUUGGCUUUGUUAGUCUUUGCCUUUUAAUACGCAGGUAUUGAUGCCUGCUCUGGUGAGGAGACUGUCUCCUAAGCCCAGCACUUAGAGUCUGACAUGAUGCAGUUCAUACAUUAUUCAAUGUCUAUGGCAUUGCUUUGCUUCAUUUCCCAGUUAAAGCAUGGAGCUUUAUAAAGAAUGCAGAACACUUCAUGAAUAAUUGAGACCUGGUGGUGAGACAGUGUGAUGUGGCAGAAGAGAAUACUAUGCUAGAAACUGCAGAUUCUGUUUCUGGUUGAGUAGCUUUCUGCUGUGUAAAUUAGCACUGGUUCUUUCACUUCCACGUAAAAUAAGAGUGAGCUGAACUUCUCUCAAGUGCUCUAGUAUUCAUAUAAAAGUAAAAGCUUCUGAUAAAGAUGCUUGAAUUUUAAGAGGGUGCAGAUCAUGGAGUAAUUUGCAUCAAGAGCAAUCCCCUUUUUACAUAGUGUUAUUGUGCUGAUGUCUGUGAGGUGUGCUGAGAAUAGCGCUGAGAAAUAUUGCAUCUCUUAGGCACAGGGCUCUGUGGGAACUCUUACUCCAGCAACAUAUUGCAUAUAAAGUCUAAAAAUACGAUCAGGAUUGUUACUGAGUUAUGAGAAACAGGCUUUCUAACCAAGCUUUGAGUUUAAAUAGAGGAUCAUGCUUAUGAAUAAAUCUGUUUUAAUAUGAGGUGAUCUCGUUACUGCAUAGCCAACAAAAGGAUUCAGAAUAUGGAUUGCCGCCUUUGAAUUCCAGUCUUACAUGUUGGUGGGUUUUGUAUUUCUUUAAUUUGUACUUGAUUUUAAACCAGCUAAUGUUCAGGUAUAAAGCAUAAGUUAACACUUUGAUUUUAGUCAUAUGCUGCCAUCUUUCUUCUGAUGUUUAAAGAGAAUUUAACAUAAGCAGUCUUUCUGGUGUUUGGGGUUUUUUCCCUUUCACGUACAUUUAGCAGUUUCAGGAAUUUUUAAGAUGGUCAAAGCGAUAUUUUUUUAUAGAAGAUGUGGACCCUCUAUUUUUGGUUGCUGUAAAAUGCUGAAUUAAAAUGUUUUUCAGUCACUGCAUCACUAGGGAAUAAACCCAGGAAAACACUAUGCUGUUGAUUAAAACUCGUGAAUAUGAAUCCACUUUUGAGCUUAAAGGAUUUUUGGGGUUGGUUGCAAUGUAUGGUGAUGCUUUGAGACAGUUGUUGAACUUUUAAAUAUGUGAAAAUAAAAUGCAAACAUAAAUAGA